UCACAUCCUCCUUCUUCUGUCUUUUUCUCAUCUUCUUCAUAUCCCUUCCGAUUAUUUACCGACCGGACCCUAUCUCUGCCUCCAUCACCUCCUCCCUCCCAUGCAUGACUGUAAUAGUGAAGUGGAGUAAGGAUGAUUAUUGUUGGAAUGCCGCGACGCAUCGUAUAUUUGCCCACUCACAUACAGUGCGUGUGUGCGUGUGUGUGUGUGUGUGUGUGUGUGUGUGUGUGUGUGUGUGUGUGUGUGUGUGUGUGUGUGUGUGUGUGUGUGUGAUUGAUUUAGCGACUUUUGAUGGAUAAUCUAGCGACGCCUGAAAGAAAUUGAUUUGGCAACACUUGAGAGGAGACCGGUGGAAUAUCAAGGAUACGUUAGUUAGAGCAAGACGCCUGGUGUGGAGUGGUGAGCUUCCAGUCUCUCCUGCAGUUUGUCGCCUCUCUCAAGUCCAGCUGGUUUAUCAUGUUGUAUUUGACCAUCUUGGUGGCGGCGGGGAUGGCGGCGCUGUGUCUUGGCAUGGAUCCCCUUCAGCCACACAGCCAGGAGCCAGUGUGCCCUUUCCAACAUUCCUGCUCUUCCCGCGGCACAUCCAAUUCCUCCUCCCACCUCGAGUGUUCCUGUGAUGCUAGCUGCAGGAUGCACGGAGACUGCUGCCUCGACUCUGAACAUUACAAUCCACAUGAACAGAAAAGGAACGUGAACGAGUACGUGUGUGUCGCAGAUGCGCUGGCAAAAAAUCACGUGUACGUGAGAGCUAAGUGUUCGGAAGACUGGGACAACGCCGAGGUGCAGGCACAAUGUAUGAAGGUAAAUACAAUACCUGACACUUUUUACGGCGUCCCCGUCACCAGUAGAUCAGGGCAAUCCUAUGCCAACGCUUAUUGUGCCAUCUGCAAUUACGAGGAUCCAGUGAAUCUUGACAUAUGGAGUGCCUACGUGGUGUGUGACACAGUGCCAGUCCUACCAGCUUAUAGCAAUGACGACGUGGUGUAUUAUGAGGACAAUGUAACCCUUACUAACAGUGAUGACUAUGACAUUAUGUAUAAUGAAGGAAGGUGGGGCAUCAUUCCACGUGGUUCACGUGAUGCUUCAGGUUUCAUUCCCUGUCGUGCUGACUUCGCAGUGCCUUACUUUCUGCGCUAUGCCACCACAAAGUGCCUGCCCACAGUGAAGACUUGCAGCGAUGCAGGGGCAGAACAACACGAUCGGUCUUUAUGUAAACUUUACACCGCUGCCGUUUACCAUGAAGGCCUCAUAUUUAGGAACCAGCACUGUGCCUCCUGCAAUGGUUAUAAACAGUUUACUUGUGCGCAGCCUCCUGCUCCUGCUUUUCUUCCUCCUGCUCCCCCUGCACUCACCAUGUUCCUCCGUCUGUGGAGAAGCAUGAACCUAGUUUAUACUUGUUUUCCGAUAAAGUGGGAUCAGGGUGGAGAAUGCAGACCGAUUAUUUGCCCUCGACCAGAUGAAGAGUUUCGUUACGGCGUGUGUGUUUCCGUGCAAGAUGAAUCUACACUUAGCACGAGGGAAUCACUGUGUCCUGGCUUCUCUCACUCUUGCUCUGUGUCUAAUUUCCAUAAUGACAGAGGGUGCUCCUGCAACGGCACCUGCAGGCUAUACGGAGACUGCUGCCUCGAUUCUCAGUAUUACGAUGAGGCUGAACAAACGAAGAAUGCCAAUGAAUAUGUGUGUCCUAAUUAUUUGUAUGAUGGAAUAAAUGUGUACAUGAUUGGAAAAUGUUUGGAGGACUGGGACAAUACUGAUGUGCAGGCGUCAUGUCUGAAGGGAAACACACAAACUGGCGAUUUCAAGCUAUUCCCCGUCACCAGCACCACCACUGCCCACACUUAUGUCAACCACUACUGUGCCCUUUGUAACGGCGAGGACACAGCCUCUCUCAGGAUGUGGCGCGCUAAAAUUAAAUGCCGCACUUUCCACGGAGCUGACUCAAACAGUACUUACAACGUUGCGUUCCAUGAGGGACAGUGGGGCAUCAUUGAAUCAAGCCAGGGUAUUUCAUCCUUCAUACCUUGCUCCAUUAAUUUUGAGAUCCCUGAAGAUAUAAAGAACUACACCACACCGUGCCUGCCCACAGUGAAGACUUGCAGUGACGCAGGGGCAGACCAACGCGAUCGGAUCUUGUGUCAGUCUUACACCGCCGCUGUAUAUAGCGGAGAUCACAUAUUCAGGAACCAGCACUGUGCCUCCUGCAAUGGGUAUAAAGAGUAUACUUGCGUAAAAGAUACAGUUCUUACACGUUUUGGUAUUACACCAUACUUCGCCAUGAUCGUUGACUAUUCAGGUUCCUGUGGCAGUAACCUUGUCGGAUACGAAGGACACUGGGACUCAAGGCUUAAGAGGUGUGUUGAAAUCUUUUGUUCAGAACCAAAUACAAAACUCGAAAAAGGGGGAGUGUGUUCCCGUUCAGGAUGACGCUGGCGAGAUCUAAGCCCUCCCACCACGCCUUCUGUCGUUUACUCUGUUCGUGUUGCCCCGCUGUUAGUUGCAGUAGUGAUACUUAUUAUCUCUUAGAAAAAACAAAACAAAAACACGGAACUGUUGAAUAGUGCAUGGUGUUUUCUUCCUGCCAGCCACGGAGGAAGGUAACGGUGGCUGGGUGUUGGGAAGGGCCUCCGUCUUUACUAUCUUACGUCUCUUACUUUAGGUUAGGAAGAGUAGUUUAUCACAGUCUCGUAUGGUCCAACACGCCCACUGAUCUUUAUCCUUCCUUUAUAUACUGAUUCUUUGUACACUGAACAGGGAAGCGCAGGUCGGUCCACACACAUGGCAGUCAGCGUAGCGCGCCUGUGGUAAAUCCCGCCAGGCGCAACACAGCUGCUGGGAAAAUCCCUUCACAUCCAUCCUCAGCAUCCACUCAGUCACGUUCAUGAAGAGUAUUCGUGAUGACUGCCUCAGGGUGUUGCUGUCUGAGGCAGAAUCUACCAGGCAGGGCCUUUUUGUGCAACCAUCACUCAGCCACACGCAUGCUAACACUCACCAGGCGGCGGGUACCAGCCUGAAUUUUGUUUGACUCACUAGAUGCCAAUAAA